CCUUAGUUAGGAAUGCCCAACUCAGUGUUAAUGGAUCCCUCAUAAAAGCCUCUAAAAAUGCUCGUAACUUGGGUUUUACAUUUGACUCCACACUGGAUUUAGGAUUUAAGUUCUCAUUAAAAACAAAAACGAAGAUGAGUGAACAAAGUUAUCAAAUAAAAACCAAUAAUGGUAAAAGAAGUAGAAAUGAAACUCUCGUAGAUAUGCCGAUCAGCAUUCGACAAGAGAUUGAGCGAUGCCUAGAUGUGGAAGCACCUGCUGCAAGUAACUGGCAGCAUUUUGCUGAAAAGUUUAACAUCAAACAAGACGUUAUCCGUAAUUGGGAUAGCAGAAAUGUAAAAGUUCCAGCUUUUAGUGCAUCUGCGUUUAUGUUUGACCACCUGAAAGCCGAACAACCGGAGCUGACAGUUGAUGAUCUAUGGCAAGUUUCCAUAGAUAAAAAACGUAAUGACGUUGUCAGGAUUAUUAACGAACAUUACGACCAAAUGCUUUGUUAGACCCAUUCUCGUCACACUACUUGUGACGUGUCGGGCAUGACACUUUAUCUGCAUUUGCCUCUCUUCACCCAGGGGUAUAAAUGGGUACCUGGUAGGAGGUGAUUGAUUGGGAAUGAAAUUAGUAAUGCUGAUUACACGUAUAUGAGACCCAAGACCACAAAAGGGCUGUAAACUCGCAUUACCUGGUUUCGAGAAAAAGGGCCAAAUAGACAGUAUAACAUGUAAUUUGAGCAAAAUGUGACUAUGUCAUAAAUAUAAAGUACUAGUUUUGAAGUUUGGGUUAAAUAUUUCAACUCUAAACCCUAAAAUUUAGUAAUUUUGUAAUUUUAUGAAAGCCAUUCUACAAGAAACGUAGGCCUGUAUAAAUUCACCAACUAUUUUCGCUUCCAAACUCACCUACACACAAUUCAGGCCAACAACUAGAUAAAUGAAAACUAUCAGAUAAUAAUACGUUUAUUAGUACUCGUAUGCUAUGUAUAUGAUUUCAGAAUAAACAAACAGUAUAGAUAUAAAAUAGUAGAAUGGUCACAGAGCCAGGUUAGACCUACUGAGAACAUUUCGGUUCUUUGUAGUGAAGUAAAUCUAACACGUAUUCAUGAAGUCAUUCAACUCGUGUACAAAAUAGUUGAACAAACUUUAAAGUAUGUUCCGAAAGUACUUGUAGUGCAUCGUAAUGUGGUACAAAACCUAGUAAAUGCAUACCUAAAUGAAGGAAAUAGCCUUGGAUUAAUUCAAAGAAUACUUAACUGUUUCAUGACCUGUUGGAAAAGAUUUGGAGAACAAUCCUCUUGCCCUCUUGCAGUGAAGUGGAUCAGAAAUGAUGUAAUUACAUGUUAAGAAACUAGUUGUGGUUAUUGAAACUUUUAAAAAAUAUUGACGCCAAAAGAACAAUCAUCUAAAUUAUUUUCAGCAAUGUGAAACUAAAACGUAUUGAUGAAGUAUUCACACAACGUCAUUCAAAUCAUGUACAGAAUACAGCUUUCAACAAAGCGUUGAACAGCUUUAAAGAACCAAACAAUAACGUGCGUGUCGACACUACGAA